AGACAUUUUGAACCAAGUCAUUGCCCGAUGGAACAAUUGUUGACUCAGGCUAUGGGAGAGAACGCGGCACCACAGCCACCGAACAUGGAGGCCAAGUCCAGUGAUGCAAAGAGCAAGAAGAAGGCCGGCGGGAAAGCCCAUGCGAAGACAGCAGGAGCUGGAGCUUACUUUCUGCCCCCACAGGCGCAAGUGUUGCAGACAGUUCAGGUCCCUCGCCGUUUUCCUGGCCACUUCAUGCCUCACAGGUUGUGCAACCACUGGAACCUUCAAGGAUGGUGCAAGAAGGCAGAGACCUGCACCUUUGCCCACGGAAUCGAAGAGCUGCAUCCGGAUGUUCAGGCGCAGCUUUUGCAGCAGAAGCCUGGAAUGCCACCGCCGACUGUGACAAAAGAUGGUCGGCUGGUGGUUCAUGGUGUCACGAAGCCAGCAGGGAAGGUUGAAUCAGUUGGUUAUCCCAUGCCAAUGUCCGACGUGUACGGCAGCACGAACCUCUUGGGCUCAGGCCUUCUCAACACAAACUUCGGCUUCAACCUUACAGGUCCGCACAUUCCGCCCCCAACGACGUCCAUGGAGCUGAAGGAGCUGCAGGAACUGAAGGAGACUGAAGAAGACAUCCAGGAGCAAGCACGCGCACGUUCCACAUCUCCAGGCAGGCACCUUCGGCAGUGUUCAAUUGCUGUCAGCUGUUGGAGAGGCACCCCCAGCAAGCGUCGACCAGCACCAGCGCCCCUGUCGUUGGAUGAUAUAUCUCCAGAGAAGGGCAAGAGUUCAGUGCUAUUCUCGCAGAGCGUGUGCUAUGCCGGCAUGCGCCCCUUGGCCUCGCCUAUGCGGGUCUCGUUGGUCUCCAGGCCUUUGCCCUCGCCAAUCUCUACAGGAUUUACGCCAACGGGGGCGACCUCUGUGGCGACCUCUGUGGCUAUGGCAGCCAUCUCGACUCCCAAGACAGGAGCAGUUCCAUCGUUGGCUAGCCCAGCAAGGGUGACCACACACUUCACCCGUAGUCCCACAGGUGGCUUGAUUUGGCCUGGCUCUCCCACUAUGCUGUCACCCGCCGGGCAACCAUCUACGCCAGUACCCAUCGACCGAUCGACCCUGCUGCAGGCCAGGCAGGUGGCCGUCCGCAUGGACCAGGGCCCACCCGGCUUGGCCAUGUGGGCACCAACACCGACCACGAAGGCGAACCUCUUGGGUUUCCGCUAUCCUGAGCCAGGAUACAUGUCAGUUGCACCGCGAACGCCGGGAGCAGCAUGAGGGAUUUGUACAGGAUUCUAUUGUGCAUGAGCAGGCUAUGAAGCCCCAUGUGUUGAAAUCCAGCACAGGAUCUGCCCCAGAAGCUGCGGCGAACCCUUUUGCUGAAUCUUUGCAGCUUUUGCCUGGAAGGGUCACCUAAGGACCAAA